AUGAGCUGGGGAUUCCUACGUGAUCUGCUGAGUGGAGUGAAUAAAUAUUCAACAGCAAUUGGAAGAAUUUGGGUAGCAGUUGUAUUCCUAUUCCGCUUACUGGUUUACAUUGCAGCUGCAGAAAACAUCUGGAAAUAUGAACAUGAUGAAUUUGAAUGCAAUAUCAGGCAGCCUGGUUGUGAAAAUGUUUGCUUUGACCAUUUUUUCCCUGUCUCCCACAUCAGACUUUGGGCUUUGCAAUUAAUCAUGGUCUCCACCCCUUCACUCUUGGUUGUUUUUCAUGUUGCUUACAGAGAGAACAGAGAGAAACGCCACAACCAGAAACUUUAUAAAAGUCCAGGAGAGAUAGAUGGUGGAUUGCUGUGCACUUAUCUUAUCAGCCUUGUUUUAAAAACAGGAUUUGAAAUAGUCUUUCUUGUUCUGUUUUAUAAAUUGUACAAUGGAUUCAAAGUACCACGUCUUGUGAAAUGUGACAUAAGGCCGUGUCCCAAUACUGUAGACUGCUAUAUUUCCAAACCCACAGAGAAGAUGAUUUUCCUCUAUUUUCUGGUGGCAACUUCAUGCCUGUACAUUGUAUUAAAUCUAAGUGAACUGAGUUAUCUCAUUUUCAAAUACUCCAUAAAACGUUAUAUGAAGAGGUACACGAAGAAACGUCAGGGCUCAAAAAGCGAUUGCCACAAAUCAGAAAUCAUCGGUCACAAAAGCCCAGCAGCUGCAGGACGGUUCCACGACAGCUCUCCAUCCUUGCCUUGGAACAUGCAAGGCAAACGUGAAAAAAGCUCCCUGUUGACUUGA